AUGCCGACUGCUCUCAGAGCCACAAAACGUUUUCUCAGAUGUUUCAGGGGUAUCACUUACUCUGCCAUGGCCUCAGGAUACCAGCAGGAUAAUGUCAUCCUCCUGCCAAAUCAUCUGGCCAAUGACUUUGAAGCCUUCUGUCUCAGUAAUCCCACCCUCUUGCCACUCCUUUAUCGCAGCCAAUAGGAGACUUCCUGUCUUCAUCUGGUUAGAUACACUGAUUUAAGGUAUUCCAUACAUAUACAUACAUCACACAAUGAGCACGCAUGUCACAGAUUUUUCUCCAGUCUGCAGAACAGCACCAGUCAACCGAGGAUUGCAUCAGAACAGAAGGCUGUGCAUCAGAGUCAUCAAUGGUCAGACAUUGUAUGUUUCUAUCUGGGCUGCAGUUCUGCCAUCAAGGGCAUACUAAAGACAGCUGGAGUCCCUGUCAGGAACUUGGAGCAGGGCAGAAACGUACAGGGUAUGUCAUGGUACAGAACUGCAGUUGCUUAUAUUUCUGUUGGAAUGUUCAGCUGCCCUCUAGUGAUCACUAUGUAUCCUGUUCCAGUUGCUAUGCUCGAUUCAGCUGUGGAGGUUGCUGAUCUCAACCGACUAGCACAUGGAGCUCCUGUACACGUAGGAGAACCAGCUCUCUUAGGCAUACAGGACCUGUCCAGACCAGACUAUGGGUUGCAAAUAGAGCUGCAGCCUAGUGAUUUCACAAUCUUCUGGGCCUUUGGAGAGACUGUUACAGAAGCAAUACUUAGCAGCAAGCCAUCUUUGGCAUUCAGUCACUCACCAGGCUGUAUGUUCCUGACUGACAUCCCAGACUCCUCUUCUUCCCCCAUAACUCCUCCCUCUGAAAGCAUGGACCCACCAUACACCAAACCCCAUCCUGAGCUGACUGCCCUCUGCUUACUGGUAUCCCACAAUCACUUGUUGUACAGCCUGGAAUCUAAGAGGACAGUGGCAAGGCUCAGACAGUUGGAGAUGAUUAUUGGAGAGGACCCAGGUCAGCGAGGGAUCAGAGUUUUAUCCGUUCAGGAUGAACUUCUGCGCUCCCGCCUGGCACUCUCCCACUCCUUCUCUGUUGACAUAACAACUGGCUUCCCCACAUACUACACGGACAGCCCUCCUCAUGAGACAGAUGGCCGACCUGGAGCCAUUGCCAUGGUGACCAUGAUGUUGUCUUAAGGGAAACAGGUGACGAUGGUGACAGACAGGAAAGCCAUGGAUAUGAACGAGGCCAUUAUUGAUGAAUCUGUGAAGACAGGUAUGCUGAAAACUUAAAUCCCAUUGGUCACCUUUGAAGACAGUGGCUCAGACUCCGCACUUCGCUUCCUGUGUCACCAUGGACACCCCAGCAAACCCAGGUAUAACCACCUUGUGGCAAUAGAGUGCAGUGGAAGGGCUGGAGAUGGAAAUUACUACAACAUGGGAGGAGUAAACAUCAAACAUCUGGUGGAUCCUAUUGAUAACUUGUUUAUUGCCGCCAAGGAUAUACUUGGAAUUACCACUACAGGUAUAGGUGAUGGUGGUAAUGAGUUGGGGAUGGGUAAACUGAAGGAGAAGGUGAAGAGCCUGAUGCCCACUGGGAGUCUCAUAGCCUGUGAUAUUGUUGCCGGUCACGCCAUCACUGCUGUGAUCCUGGGAGCUUUGUUUUUGUGGGCAACAGCCACUGGCAGGGUCUCAAGGCAAACUGGUCUCAUGGAAGAGGCCAGACUAAGAGUGAUUCACGAUGACCAGAUAAAGGGCAAACUUCUGAGCUGCGUCACCUCACCUGACCAGGGAAACCGCGGUACCCUCCUACAGCCAGACCUGGGAGGAAAGCUUGCCAGAACAUGGAAUGUGACCUCUCUGGGGGGGAAGGAGCCAGAGUUGGUGCCAGAGGUCAAGCGGUACCAACCAGAUAUAGUUGGGCUCGCCUCCAGCGGUCAGGUGUGGGGAUACUCACGAGGUCCUGGAAAGGCCCAGGGGUCUUCUGAAGCAGCAGAAAGGUACCAGCAGGCCAGAAGGGCUGCAGCUGCGGCGGUCACGGACACAAAAAUCCGGUUGUGGGAGGAGUUCAGGGAGGCCAUUGAGAAGGGCUUUCGGUUGGCUUCAAGGAAGUUCUGGCAAACCAUCCAGCAUCUCAUCAAGGGUAAGCAGGGCUGGACCCAGAGGCAGGUAGAGGCAGAGUUUGAAGACUCGGGGGAAACCUCACUCAUAUCUCUGGCAGAGGUCUUUGAGGUAGUUGAGAAGCUCCUCAGUUGCAAGGCGCCAGGAGUGGAUUCGCCCUGUGAUGAUGAAGGCUCUGGACAUUGUUGCACUGUCUUGGCUGACACAUCUCUUCAAUGUUGCAUGGAAGUCGGGGACAGUGUCUAUGGACUGGCAGACUGA